CAAUUUCAUAUUCAAGAAGAAAUAAAAGAAGGCAAAAGAACCCAUCCAUAUACAUUACUUAUAAGCAAGAGAAAGGGUGUGAUGUGUAAUCUUCUUUUCUUUCCCCUCCAUCAUUCACUUAGAAACAAUCAAUCAAAAUGCCAAAAGGUUACUCAAUCUCUGACACAAAGAAAUGGACCGAUUUCAAGGUCAUCGAUUUCGAUCUCAAACCAGAAACUGAUGAUGACGUAACUGUUGCCAUUCAAUACUGUGGUAUUUGCGGUUCUGAUUUGCACACAAUCAACGGAGGAUGGGGUGAACUUUCAGUUCCAGCAGUCAUUCCAGGUCACGAAAUCGUUGGAAAGGUUACACAAGUCGGCAAGAACGUCAAAGACAUCAAAGUUGGCGAUCGUGUCGGUGUUGGUGCUCAAGUUGGUUCAUGCAUGAACUGUUCUUCUUGCAACACAAACUUUGAGAACUACUGCUUGGGAGACGGUAAAGCAGGUUGCGUUGACACUUACAACUCAAAGUACGCUGACGGCCACCCUGCUCAAGGUGGUUACUCAACCGCAAUCCGUGCACACGAACGUUUCGUUUUCCCACUCCCAGAUGCUAUCAAAUCCGAAGAUGCUGCAAGUAUGUUCUGUGCCGGUUUGACUGUUUACUCACCACUCUUGCGUAACGGUUGCGGCCCAGGCAAGAAUGUUGCAGUUGUUGGUUUGGGCGGUUUGGGUCACUAUGCCGUCUUGUUUGCCGCUGCAAUGGGCGCAGACGUUACAGUCAUUUCUCAUUCACCAAAGAAGAAGCAAGAUGCACUCAAAAUGGGAGCAAAAGAAUUCGUUGCAACAGGUGAAAAUGAACAAUGGUACACAGAAUACGGAAUGAAGAAGAAACCAUUCGAUAUCAUUAUCAACACUGCUUCUUCAAGUGCUUUGGACUUGACCGCUCUAGUCAAGACAUGUGCAGUCUACGGUAACAUUGUCAUGUGCGGUAUGCCAGAAGAUGCAUGGAAGCUCCGUUCUCAACAUUUGGCAGGAAACGGUGCUGGUAUUCAAGGAAGCCACAUCGGAUCAAAGGAAGAUGUGAAGAAGAUGUUGGCUUUGGCAGCCGAGAAGAACAUCAAACCUUGGAUCGAAGUUUUGGACAUGAAAGAAUGCCCUGGUGCUCUUACACGUGUUCACGAUAACGAUAUCCGUUACCGUUUCGUCCUCAAGCAAGAUUUGGAGCCAGUUGCUUAAGAGUGAAUGUAUGUUCAUUAUCAAAACUUGUCAAUUCAAUUCCAUUUUUUCACGUGUGAUAUUAUAAGUACAGAUUGCCGAAAAUUGCAUCUAUUGCUCCUUCCUUACCGGAUCGAUGCCUCUACUCUCAAGUUCUUUUUGUAUCGCUUGUCCUACU